AUGAAGGAGGAGUGUAAGUUGUGUAGUGUAAACCGGUGGGGUGGUGUGCAGACGCCGACAGACUUCUCUAUAUCAUCGCUGAUGAGGCCAACGGCGCCCCAUCCGCAUGUGGACCCGAGGCCGGACGGUGUGCUGUUGUCGUCUACGGUGCGGUGGUACAACUUGAAAUUAGGUGACUAUCCAUUGUAUACGCUUCACGAUUACUACGCCAGCGGUAAGCCGUUCUGCAAUUGCAGUUUGUGCGAAAGUAUGGCUCGUACCUCGUCGUACGGGUACUUCCUGAAGUCCUAG